ACUUUUCUAAUAACAUUUUCCUAAAACUCUCGUCUUUCACUAAUUUUUCUCACUAAAUUAUGUUAAACGUGAAAAAACCAAAAACAAUUGCCGGCGUUCACACAGUUGCACCAACGUUAGAAAACUUGACAGUUUGAAAAUGAGUGGGCAUGUGUUGAAAACCCCCUCGAGUGGCCGAAGUAGCGCUGCUGGAAGCCCCACUAAGAGCCUCAAUACCGGUUCUGGGGGCUUCAUUACCACCCAAUUUGAGACCGACUCCAGCUUACGCAAGAUUUUCCGUUCAAAUGAGUCUCUAAAUCGAGAAAACUCCACCGUUGAGCCUUGCAGUGAAAUCACGAAAAUUCGGGAAAAAUGUCCCCCCAUGUGCGACCAUUUGAAACUCAACGCCCCCAGUGGUGAGCCCCUCACCCCUGCCCUCUCCACAGCGCGAGAAAUCGUCGAGGAGGUAGUCCAAGGGGCCACACGAGCAAAACCGCGCCGUAGAUUAAAAAAACCCCAAAUGAAAAGUGGAUGGAUGUCUUUGGACAAAACAAUCCCAAAUUUCAAUAUAAACGAUAACAUCUUCAAAAAUAUCAUGUUUAAUGAGAAUUUAUUAGUAAGUACGUUCGAGUCGAAUUCGCUGUCUCCGACUCCGGUGGGUGCAUUGAGUCUUGAUGUCCAGGAAGCGCGCGGGGGCCCCCUCAAAUACCAGAAAACGAAAACCAAGAGCGAUUUUCUAGCACCCAAGUUUCUCGUACACUUGUCUUCGCAACUGGACUUUUGCGGGUACAAUGGGGGCUCGAGGAUCACGGCAUGGGUCGAUCAAAACUUGCAGACUCUGGAAGAGAAAAGGAGAGAAUAUGUGCAAAUGGAUGAUGGGUUAGACCAACAAGCCUUGUAUGUCAGCUCACAAGAAAAUUUCUACUAUUUGCGUCAUGAUAAAAGAAAGGACAUUUUUUAUAGUCCUAAAAAGGCGCGAAAUUUGAUUUGUGAAGGUGCCAAUUUCGUCCUGAUGCGUUAUUUGGCCAUUACGAAAUUUGUCGGUUUUUUUGAGACAACAACGCUGUAUAUUAAUGGCAGUUUGUGUCGGAAUAUUUAUGAAUGUAAAGGCCCUUCGAGUGGGAUAAUUAACGAUAAAAAAGUCGAUGUGUGUAAAAUUUAUCGUACCAUAGUUGAAGAAUGUGGGAUAAAGCACAAAAGUAUCACUUUAAUGACUCUGACUGGUAAAAUUCUAAAACAGGAGUGGUAUUUUUGUAAUUAUAUUCUUCAAUUGAAUCCUUUGAUUGAGCUUGGGGCUUAUGAUAGGAUUCCCUUGGAGAGAAAACCCCUCCAUGAUGAUAUUCAAUUAUUAUCGCUUUAUUUGGACGCUAAAAUGAUGAGUAAAAAACACAUUGCGAAUUAUUUAGAUGAUCAACCGGAAGUGCGUGAAAUGAUUUCUGAUUACGUCCAAACGAUUCUUCACUUGAAACCUGAGGAUGUUUUCGAAUUUACUGCCAAAUAUUUCCUAGCAUUCACUCCAGCUCUUUUACCACAAAGUGAAUAUUUCGAAGAACCAUUCGAUGAAGACCAUGACGAGGAUUAUGACUUUUGGAAAUAUAUUUGAACAUCAAAUUUUCUGAUAAUUUAAAAGUUUUUUUGCAAAAUUAAUACAAUAUAGUAUUUAUUUUGUUUA